AUGUUCCAGGGAAUCGGAAUCGAACUCGAUGACCAGUCUGCUUUCUGGGCAAAGAAGCUGGCCGGAUUCGCGUUGAUAUGGCUGCUGUUGUUUAUGAAUUUCUUCUCGUUAAAAACGUUCGUUUCGCGAUUUCAAAUCGCAGCCUCUAUAGCGAAGAUCGCAGCUACUGGCCUCGUCAUCGGAACCGGAUUCUACAUGCUGAUAUUCAAAUCGGAGACGAAAAACUUACAACAUCCCUUCGUGGGAUCCAACUGGAACAUUGGUGCCAUUGUGUCGGCGUUGUUCUCCUGUUUGUUCUCUUACGAUGGUUGGGACAUUCUGAACUUCGGAGCCGAAGAAAUCGAAAAACCCAAAAGAACUAUGCCGUUGGCAAUUGUGAUUGGAAUGGUGUGCAUCGCAGUGAUUUACGUUGCAGUCAACUUUGCCUACUUUAUCGUACUCAGCCCAGCUCAAAUAUUGAGUAGUGAAGCGGUCGCCCAAACAUUCGCCCAAGUGGCCUUGGGCAAAGCGGAUUUCAUAAUGCCGAUUUUUGUUGCUAUUCUGCUUGUAGGAUCUUUGAACAGUACGAUGUUCUCCGCUAGCAGAUACCUUCAAGCAGCUUCCAAACAGGGACAUCUGCCAACUUUUAUCAGCGGAAUCAACCCUAUCACUGAUUCACCACGAAGUGCUCUCUUUGUACAUGUACGUGAUUUCCAGUUACGUUAUAAGUAA